UAAAAUCAAACGAAUGCCAAGUGCAAACCAAGUGCUUUAUUAAAUCUUGUGUGCAAAUUGAAUAAACAAAUAAAGAAAGCAAAAGUGAAAUAAUAUUGUUGUGCUGGCUGUUAGAGAAACGUUAAGCGCUAUGAAUGAGACGCAGCUGGAGCAGAAGAUUGUGGUCAUUGGCGCUGGAGCAUCGGGCAUAGCUUGCGCUACAAAACUGCUCGAGUAUGGCUUCCAGAACGUGCUCGUCGUGGAGGCUGAGCCGCGGCUGGGCGGACGCAUACAUACCAUACCAUUUGGCGAGAAUGUCAUUGAUCUCGGCGCACAGUGGUGUCAUGGCGAGCAGGACAACAUAGUGCAUGAGCUGGCCAGCAAGCAUAACCUGCUCGAGUCCACUGGACCGGUGUAUGAGAACUAUCAGUGUGUGCGCAGCAAUCGCGAGGUGCUGCCCGAUAAUGUGGCAAACAGGCUGAAAGCUAUAGUGGGCGAUUCGCUGGUGACGCGCCAGCUGGAGUUGCGCCACUGCAGCGGCUCGCUGGGCAGCUACUUGUCCAACAAGUUCUACGAGAUGCUGCGCAAGCCCGAGAAUGCGGAUAUAGAUGAGGUUAUUGCCGCCGAGUUCUUCGACAACUAUCAAAAGUUUGAGAAUUCUGUGGAGGCGAGCGAUACGCUGGAGCAGGUCUCUGGCCGCGGCUAUCUGGAGUACUGGGAGUGCGAGGGCGACAUACUGCUCAACUGGAAGGACAAGGGCUAUGUGGAGCUGCUGCGUCUGCUGAUGCACAGUCGCGAGCAGCCGGCGGAGGAGCUGGGCAGCCUCGAGCAGCGCGUGCUCUUCAAUACCAGCGUACAAAAGAUUAACUGGAAUCGCAACGAUGCACGCGUGGAGCUGCAGCUAAGCAAUGGCGACAGCUGUGUGGCGGAUCAUGUCAUAGUUACGGUAUCGCUGGGCGUGCUCAAGGCAUCGCAUCUGCAGCUCUUCGAGCCCAAGCUGCCCGUAGCCAAGCAGCGCGCUGUGGAGGGCUUAGCCUUUGGCACUGUGAACAAAAUAUUUAUAGAAUUUCCAGCUGCCUUUUGGCCAGAGGAUUGGACGGGCUUCACCUUGCUGUGGCGGCAACAGGAUCUGGCUGAUAUACGCAAUACAGAGCGCGCCUGGCUGGAGGAUGUCUUUGGCUUCUAUCGCGUGAGCUAUCAACCACGCAUAUUGGCUGGCUGGAUCAUCAGCGCCAAUGGACGCCAUAUGGAAAGCCUUGCCAAAGAGGAAGUGCUUGCUGGUUGUCUCUAUCUCUUUAGGCGUUUCCUGCACUGGCACAUACCAGAGCCUGUGAACUUCUGCAGCUCUGCCUGGCAUACGAAUGCAAACUUUCGCGGCUCCUACAGCUUUCGCUCCAUGGACACGGAACGCGUGGGCACGGGCGCCAGCGAAUUGGCUGCACCCUUGACAGUGGUCACCAUGACGCCCAGCUCGCCAGCGCGUCAAAAGUUUAUGAAGCAGCAAAGCCGCUGCGAUAAGCCCAUUGUGCUGUUUGCUGGUGAAGCCAGCAGUGAACACUACUAUUCCACUGUACAUGGCGCCGUGGAGGCGGGCUGGCGUGAGGCUCAGCGUCUGGCGGAGUUCUAUGGCUUGGCGGGCACACAGUCCGUUGCCAAGUCGCAGCUAUAGCAAAGCGCUGCCGUUUGGUCUGCCCAAGAUCAAGCCUAGUACUACUAAUACCUGUCGAGAUUUCAAAGAUUACAAAAUAAAAAUGUGAGUAAUUAUCGUCUUCAAUCAAUAAAACUGAACAAUAUAUGUACAUCCUCGAUAGACUUCAUUAUAUGCAUAAGUUCUAUAUAACAUUUAAGACCCAUACUAUAAGUCGUGUGUGAAAAUUUAUGCUGAAUUCUUGCUGCUAAAUAAAGUUGUUUGAAUCUAUAGAUGAAAUAUGAAUUUGAAUCUCUUCAAUUCGAUUUAGCAGUUUCAAAAAUGUUUGCCUGGCACUUUGUUUCCGACAUUUUGUUGAGAGCUUUGCAUUUUAAGUAAACUAAAAAUCGAGCUAUGUGAAGGUGCUUCAACUGCUUGAAGGACAAGAAGCAAACACCACACGAUAAAUUCCAUGCGCUCAAAAAUAAAGAUCCAAAGCAAUUGAAGGGAUAUAU